AUGAUAGUAUUUUUAGAGAGAGAGUUCUCUCUUUUCUCUCUACUCAAAGCGGUAACCCUAACAGCCGCCGUUAGCCUUGCCGUUUUAACGUCCAGCUUUGCCGGCGUCGAGAGGCCUCGACUCCAUCCAUUUUGUGGCCUUCGAAUCUUCAUCCGUGGUGACAGAUCCAAAUCUGGUUUGCUCUUGGCCGCCUUAGCUCCGGCGAUGGUCUGCGCAACCUCGUUCUUCUCCGGCCGUGGCUCCGUGGUGGUUUCUAAGGGAGACUUGCAUGUUUGGAGAGUUUUCCCGAUGAACUCUCACCAGGCGGUCUUCCCCUCCAGCCUGCGUUCUGUCUUCGGCGGCGGUGGUAUUUCAAUUCCUCUCCUCCUUCACUUGUUACUUGUUCAGAUCUAUUGUUUUGGCUUUGGCGAUUUUGGGUGUUACUUCAAUAAUAUGUUUGGCUCUCUCUUCUCGGCGGAUGUGGACGAAGUUGUUGGUUCAUCGGUUUCUUUCGAUGGUGUUGGUCCCUGUGCUUGGAGUUGCCCCGCCUCUACUCCCGACGGCUUCUCUCGGCUAGUGGAAGCCGACGCAAAGAUUGGUGAGUACUCUCGCUCAAGCCCGCUCCAUUUCUGCGAAGGUGGCUCGGUUUGCUUGCUAGUUCGUUGUGUUGAGGAUGCGUCUUCAACAGCGACGGUUUUUCUGGGUCGUCGGAGUGUCGGCCGGAACUGCUACUCUCCUCCUCGGCGGCGGUCCUAUGUCGGAGAGAUUAGGGUUGUCGAUUUAGGUGUUGGUUUCUUGAACGUUGAAGUGUUUGAGUGCCCGUGUCCUGAGCCUAACAUUGAACCAUGGACCAACCAUAUGUCCAUUAUCCUAAGCCUAAGACCUAUAGCAGGGAGGAAUGUUCGUGCAAUCCGUGCUUCCAAGAAUGAGUGUACUUCUGCUGUUGCUUUGAAGUGGAUGCUUAAUCAGGGUCUAAUGAAACAUCAUGAAGAGAUAGUAGAAUACUUCAAAACCCGAGGCGUCUCUGCUAAUUUUCUCUUUAGAAGAAACCUCUUGCGCAGGAUGAUUUCAGUUCUUGCAAACUCUUAUGACAGAAAUGCUAAGCUAUUGAACGGUAGUCACAAGUCCCACGUCCAUUCCCCUAAAGAGGCUGAAAUAUUGGCAUGCUACAAGCCAUUGAUCAACACAAUUCUUUUGAUAGCUGAUCUGAAGCAGGUUCAAGAGAUGACUUCAAAAGCACUUUCUUACUUCAAUACCACCCGCCAUAUUUUCCUCCACUACGAAGAUGUCGUCAAGAAUCGCACCAAACUAGAUGAUGUGCAAGAAUUUUUAAAGGUCCCGAAACUCGAUUUAAAGAGUCAGCAAGUGAAGAUUCAUCAUGGUCCUUUCUCGCAACACGUACAGAAUUGGGAAGAUGUUCAAACGACACUGAAAGGUACCGGUUUUGAAAACUUUCUACUUGAAGAUUACCGCAAGUGA